ACAAGACGCCUGGCCCGCCCGAGAGCGCUCCGCCCCCCAGGCUAUGUAAGGCUGCUCGGCUCGGGGUCGCACUAUCGCUGGACUCCGUGUCCCUCCGCGCAGGCGGGCGGCCCCGGAGAGCUAGUGCCUGCGAAGGCGGCGACGGCGGCGCCCCGUCCUCUGAUAUCAUGAAUAGAGGCUUCUCUCGAAAGAGCCAUACAUUCCUGCCCAAGAUCUUCUUCCGCAAGAUGUCAUCCUUAGGGGCCAAGGACAAGCCUGAGCUGCAGUUCCCCUUCCUGCAGGACGAGGAGACCGUGGACACGCUGCAAGAGUGCAAGACGCUCUUCAUCCUUCGCGGCCUGCCGGGGAGCGGCAAGUCCACUCUGGCGCGGACCAUCAGGGACAGGUACCGUGACAGCACCAAGAUGGUGUCUGCUGACACUUACAAGAUCACCCCCGCUCAAGGAGGUUCCUCCGACGCGUACAAGCGGCUGGACAAGGACCUGGUUGACUGCUGCCGCCGGGACAUCCGGAUCCUCGUGCUGGACGACACCAACCACGAGCGGGAGCGGCUGGAGCAGCUCUUUGAAAUGGCCGACCAGUACCAGUACCAGGUGGUCCUGGUGGAGCCCAAGACGCCCUGGCGGCUGGACUGUGCCCAGCUCAAGGAGAAGAGCCAGUGGCCGCUGUCGGUGGACGAGCUGAAGAAGCUGAAGCCUGGGCUGGAGAAGGACUUCCUGCCACUCUUCUUUGGCUGGUUCCUGACCAAGAAGAGCUCGGAGAGCCUCCGAAAAGUAGGCCAGACCUUCUUGGAUGAGCUGGGGAACCACAAGGCUUUCAAGAAAGAGCUGAGACACUUCGUGUCUGGGGACGAGCCCAGGGAGAAGAUAGACCUGGUCACCUACUUCGGGAAGAGACCCCCAGGCAUGCUGCACUGCACGACCAAGUUCUGCGACUACGGGAAGGCUGCCGGGGCAGAGGAGUAUGCCCAGCAGGACGUGGUGAAGAAGUCCUACUCCAAGGCCUUCACGCUGACCAUCUGCGCCCUCUUCGUGACGCCCAAGACGACGGGAGCCCGGGUGGAGCUCAGCGAGCAGGAGCUGCUGCUGUGGCCCAACGACGUGGACAAGCUGUCCCCCUCCGACAGCCUGCCCCGCGGCAGCCGCGCGCACGUCACCCUGGGCUGCGCCGAUGAAGUGGAGGCAGUGCAGACGGGCAUCGACCUCCUGGAGAUCGUGCGGCAGGAGGGGGGGGGCAGCCGCGCGGAGGAGGUGGGCGAGCUGGCCCGGGGCAAGCUCUUCUCCUUGGGCAAUGGGCGCUGGAUGCUGAACCUGGCUAAGAAGAUGCAGGUCAGGGCCAUUUUCACGGGCUACUAUGGGAAGGGGAAGCCGGUGCCCACACAUGGCGGUCGCAAGGGGGGUGCCUUUCAGUCCUGCACCAUCAACUGAGUGCUCUCGCCGCCCCUCACGCUCCUCGCUCUUGAGAAGGGGAGCUGGUGGAGAGGGAGGCACGCCCUCUGCUUGAUCUUUAAGAUUUUUUUACUCAGUUAACCUUCCUGUAACUUUUUAAAAACUUGUAAAGUAACUGCCCUCCUUUUUCUGUCGACCCUCUUCCUGUCUAACACUCAGGCUCUCAGCACAAAGGGGCGGGAGGUGGGCACCGGUCAGGAACCCGGACCAAAGCUGAGGGGCUGGGAGCCCAGGUCUGCAGCUCCGCCCGCGCCUGGCCAGCGGGGGGACCUCAGGGCUUCCCGUCCCUGCAGCCCCCCUGGAACACUGGUGGUGGAGGUGGGUGUGUGGCGGGGGACCCCUGGGCUUUGAUCCCGUUUCUUAAUCACUGUGGCCCCAGGACAGCUGGGUUAUUUGCCAGGGUAGAAAGAGGGGUUUGCCUCCCACCUUCGGUCCUGAGUGCCUGUCCCUUCCUUCUUCACACUGUAACUAGGUAACAGUUUGAUAACUAGGGAAGAAAACAACAACAAGAAACAGCAGCCACAGCCCACACUGGCUGCUGGCUUCAUCCGGGGAAGGGCAUGGGGUGGCCAUUCCUUCCAGGGCUGCAGCUCAGUUGCAUGGACGGGAGACUGAGACCAGAGACAGUGCUUGGUGGGACGCUGCAGUCCUGCAGUCUGCCGGCCCACCUUGCCUCCUCGGUGCCCCUGGAGGCCUCUCCGCCUCUGCAGGGGGCUGGUGGGCACUGAGAGCCAAUGGAGCGGACUCCCGGCUGUUAAGGGCUCAGCCCCCCUGGUGCCUCGGGGAAGGGGCUUUAACACUGCCGCACGGGUGGGCCGCCCUCUGCUCAGUAACGGGGCCCUGUUCGUUAGGUUGUCACUUGACGAAGUGCUUGGGAUUUGGGUGACAGUCCCGGCUCUGCCCAACCUCAGCAACUUGUAAGACUGAUAAUGAAAUAAACCGUGUUAAUCCCA